UCUCCGUGGAAGGUAAUAAAAACCGAUAACCUACCAGUGCUCAAACCGUUUGGAAUCAGAGGUGCAGCUUUCCUGGAAAAGCAAAUGGCUGGAGUCUUAAGGGCACCCAGACUGCUGUGAGUUUCAGAGAUUGGCCAUGGGCAUUAAAGGUUUGCAGGGAUUUGUGGCAAGAGUUUGCCCUGAUGCAUGCAAAACGGUAGAUCUCAGAGAAGUGGCAGAAAAACAUCGCGUCGAUCAUCCUGAUUUCCCACCUGUUAUCGUAGUAGAUGCCAUGAGUUGUGUUAGAUACUGGUACACACCAGAAUCCUGGGUGUGCGGUGGGCAGUGGCAGGAGUACCUUGCCAUUUUAGAGGAUUUUAUUAAAGCUUUUAUGGCAGCUGGUAUCAAGUUGGUGUUUUACUUUGACGGAGUGGUAGAAGAGAAAAAGAGAGAUGAGUGGAUCAAACGGAGGUUGCAGAAUAACAAGGAAAUCGCCAGAAUAUUUCGGUUUAUCAAGACUCACAGGAAACAACCAGGGAGAGAAAUGUUCAUUGUUCCUUCAGCUUUGCCUACUUUUACACGUUUUGCCCUGAAGUCGCUUGGUCAAAAAACAGUAUGCACAUUGCAAGAGGCAGACUUUGAGGUGGCUGCAUAUGGUUUGCAACAUAACUGCAUAGGAAUUCUCGGGCAAGAUAGUGACUAUCUCAUCUAUAGUACGUGCCCCUACUUUUCCAUUGAGAAGCUCAGUUUGGACAGACUGGUCACUGUUAUGUACUCUCGAGAAGAUCUUUGCCGUGCAUUGGGUCUUAGUUUGACACACCUCCCUCUCUUUGCUUGCUUGCUUGGCAAUGAUGUUGUUCCAGAAAGCUUGUUGGAAGGCUUUUGGCGUAAAUGUUUAGUCACCAGUCCCCACAAGAAUAACAGCUACAACAGAAGAACAAACAUACUUCUAGCUGUAGCAAAUUACAUCUCAAAAGUUCCAUGCUCGUACAGCAGCCUGAAACACUUGGAAGAGAUGCUACCUUUGGGAUCAGACAAGACAUUACUUUACAGAGGAGUGGAGUCCUAUCUUUUGCCUGGGCAGCAGUCUCCAUGGAUUCCUCCCAACCUAACAAGUUGCCAAACGUUCUCCCUUCAACAACAAACGGCCGUGUGUCAAGAUAAGGAAAUCUUUCAGUUAGCUAAAGAACAGCAUAUCCAAUCUGAAAAUUAUACGAUCUUCAAUAUCCUGAGUAAGGGAGAGAUUGAGUGCAGCAACUCUUUGGAAGAUGAAUGUGAUACAGAGAUUCCUGGACAGGCACUUAUCUACCGCCCUGCUCGUCAGCAUAUUUAUUCUGUCUUGUUGGAAUCUGGAAAAGGUGGAGCCUAUCCUUUGGUAAAAGAGUGGUUUGUCUAUUUUGGAAAUCCCCUCCAGCAGCCAGAGCUGAUACAACCUGUACAACCUUCUAUGCCAGGUGGAACACCUAAUUUGAAAACACUGUGGUUUGCCAAAGGACCUGAUGUGGAAAAGCAACGGUAUAGUACAUUUCUGGCAUGCUUUCACCUCCAGGACAGGAUGGAAGAGCUCCAAGCUCUAGAAGCACCUGUUGCAGCAUUCUGCUGCUUGCUGGCCUAUCUUAUGAUGCAGGUCAGUAGCCUCUCUCUGGAGGACUUAAAUGCAUUUGUGGCAGUCAUUCUCUGCCUCAAAGGGAAGUCAGCUGCUCGACUGGCAGGUUUGCAGCUUGCGCAAGUGGACUCCAGAGCCGUACAUCUUGGCGCUGUCUUUGUUCGUGGCAUUACAACUUUGCUCAUGGCCAAUAGUGCCUGUGGCUUUCCAUUCAGAAUGGAUGAUUUGAUGCCUUGGGAAGUGUUUGAUGGGAAACUUUUUCAAGAAAAAUACCAGCAGUCGCACCAAGGUUGCUCUUUGGAAGAGCUUUUAGAAGGCAAUGAGUCUUUGUAUACACCCUUCCAGAAUCUGAAGUCUUUCAUUUGCAAGGCUUGCACAGCAAAGAAGAGAACAAUACAGAGCAGACCAAGAGGGAAUGGAUUUAUCACAGGAACACAACAAAGAGAAUUUAAUCCCAGGUUCCAACAAACACACAGAAGUUCUUUUGUUCCUCCAUAUCAUAACCAGAUGAGGGGGUUCCUAUGGAGAAAUCCUCAACCACAAGGUAGAGCAUAUGGAUUGGGCCAUCCAGACCGGAGGAGAAGAUUCCACCUUCCUCCUCGGUAAAGAAUACAUGUGUACAGAUCACCCAGGUGACCCUACUCAUUGCUGGAAGUGGAUGAAAAUGGAUAAGAGAACAAGAUACGUUUUUAUGAAAUGCUGUAUGCUGAAGAUCAUAAAAACUUCAUCAAUAUUUCAAAAAUGGUGGUGGGAAGGCUCUAAUCAGAAAUUUAUCAUGCCUCAUUUUCAGUUCCAUUUUAUUUUGUAUACUUUUUUUUCUAGCCUAUAGCUUAGACAAACAAAUUAUGGAAUGUUGUGAAACAAUUAUAUAAUUUAGGUUCCAGAUAGUAUUGUUCGGAGCACUUUACAAAACCCUUGUUGACACAAUUAUGAAAAAUGAUCAUUAAAAAAUUAUGUCUAAAAAGUAGAGGCCAGUCCUAGGUGUUGAAGGCAGCUGCAAAAAUUUAAUUAAUUCAUCUGGUUCUGUUGUGAAAACUAUUAUGUCUGUUCUGUUAAACCUUUAUGCUCUAUGAGGCUGAAAGUGCCCAGUCUCGGACAAAAAAGGGUACUUCUAAAGUGUUUACAAUCAUAUCACGGUUAAAAAAUGUUACUUUUCUGUCAUGUGGCUUACUUUCAUAGUUCCUCAGUCUCAGAGAAUAAGAAAAGGGUAGCUAAAACAUUCCAGAAAGUUAUAAAAUUAGUUUCUAUGUACAAAACUGCUACAGCUUUAAUGUCCUAUUAUUUGGGGGCCUUUCAGAGCUGAGUCAAAUGCAUAGUCCCCUUCUGGAAUACCUAGAAUUCUUCUCCAUAUGUAGUGAAUCAUUUAUGACACAUUUAAAGUUUAUGCCAGACCUUACAUCUGUCUUUAGCCUGAAGUGAAGGUGUCGGUGUGAGCCUCUGGCCAGUAUAAUUUUGAAGGAAAUCCUAAAUCAAGGGGAAACUAACAGACAUUUUGAUUGCAUUCUUUUUUUUUUUUUUCUAAAUGGCAGUUGUUUGAAGCACACAGGGUAAAAUUUUUUCCCUGUUGACAUCAUUGGUGCAUCUUUUGCAGAUAUUAGUGGCACUGUGAUUUCACUCCAUACUGAUAAGGUAGUCUCAAGAGACCUAAGUAAAUGGACAGAGUACAGGUAGGGUAAUCGGGUAUCUCCUGUGUUAAUUUUCACUGGUCUAUUAUUCAUCACACGGACUUUAUUACUACUUUGGAGAUAUGUGUAUUUUUAGAAUAAUGCAUAAGUACACUUGAAAUUAGAUGUCUUUAGAAGUGUUUAGCAUGAGGAAAAAGCAUUAUUUUUAUAUUCCAAAGAGAAAAUUUAGCUCUAAUUUUGAAAUCUAUUUUCAGAAGUACUAUAGCUAUUGUACAACUUGCACUUAUCUUUGUGGUACAAUGGUUACCGAUUCAAACUCUGUUGGUUUUAGUCCAUUAUUGUUCAGUUAAUAUUGUUUCUUAGACCUUGUGCAGGUAACUCUUUUGAGUCGACUGCCAGUGGAACUUAGUUCCUAUUUAGUAUACAUUAUGUCAAAGUGAAUAGUAUUGUCAGACAUACAUAACUCAAUCCUUUAAUUUCCUCGCAUGUAUUUUUCUGUUUGUAACCCAAUAAAUAUAUUCUUUCACACUCUGCCUAUAGCAACAGUCCAGCUAAACAAAUAAAUUGGCAGCAAUACAGGAUUUCUAGUUCUAUUAAAAGUU